CAGAGCCAGCAGAAUGUCAAUUGAAGUAUCCCAAGCCGGUGUGCCACAAGGGCACCCGGACUACCUUGAAGAAGCAGCAGCCAAAACCCUGACACCAAGUCUCUCACCAGAGCAUCAAGCCUUCCUCAUCGAUCGUCAUGGCACCCUGAACCUCGAUCCUAUUCCUAGCAUCGACCCGACAGAUCCGUACAACUGGCCGUCGUGGAAAAAGGGCACCAAUCUGGCUCUCGUCGCCUUCCAUGCCUUCAUGGGCACCUUUUCCGCGGCCGGAAUCAUCCCCGCGUUUGAGGAGAUCUCGGAAGCACUGGGUGUCUCGCUACAACGCGCAAGUUAUCUCGUCUCGUUGCAGAUUGCGAUCCUGGGCGGUGCGCCGUUGUUGUGGAAGCCAUUGUCGCACCGUUUCGGACGGAGACCAAUCUUCCUGUUGUCGCUGAUACUGAGCUGUGUGUGCAAUGUGGGAUGCGCGAAGAGUCCGGAUUACGCCUCAAUGGCGGCUUGUCGGGCCUUGGUGGCGUGUUUCAUCUCGCCAGCCAUGGCCAUUGGGAGUGCGGUGGUUAUGGAAACGUAUUUCCAGCAUGAACGGGCGCGGUACAUGGGUAUUUGGACUGUGAUGGUGACCUUGGGGAUACCCAUUGGGCCUCUCAUCUUUGGAUUCGUGGCGAAUCGCGUGGGAUACGUAUGGAUCUAUUGGAUAUUGGCUAUUACGAAUGGAUGUCAGCUCAUUCUAUACAUAUUCUUCGGACCAGAGACCCGUUACGUCCAGUCGAACAAAACAGGAUCAGUCCUCCAACGACAGUACCUGCGCAUUGGACGGAUUGACCCCCGGCCCUUUGCGUUGAACGAAUUCAUCCAUCCUCUUUCCCUCUUCCGCAAAGUCCCCGUUAUGCUCGCCGCGGUCGCAUACGGAAUGGUCUUCCUCUUCGCCAGCGUACUGAACUCCAUCGAAAUACCCCAGCUACUGCAGCAGAAGUUCGAGCUCAACGCAGAGCAACUAGGCCUGCAGUUCCUCGGGCUCAUCAUCGGGACACUGCUAGGCGAGCAGCUGGGCGGCAUCAUGUCGGAUCUCUGGAUGAGCUGGCGCGCCCGUCGCAUAGGCCACCUUCCAGCCCCCGAGUUUCGGCUCUGGCUGAGCUAUAUCGGCUUCUUGCUGAGUAUGGCGGGUAUGAUUAUCUUCCUGGUGUGCACUGAGCAGGCCCAGGCUGGGAAAUGGACCGUGGUGCCGAUUGUCGGCACGGGUAUUGCGGCUUUUGGCAAUCAGGUUGUAACCACUGUUCUUACCACGUAUGCUGUAGACAUUUAUCCUGAGGAUGCUGGGAGUGUUGGUGUAUUCAUCAACUUUGUCCGUUCGGAAUGGGGGUUUAUCGGGCCGUUCUGGUUUCCAGCUAUGUUCGAAGAAGUCGGCAUCGCAGCUAGUGCAGGAGUCAUGGUCGCCCUGAUUACCGGUGUUAGUUUUAUUCCGACGGCUCUUUUGCACUGGCAGGGGUGGCGAUUGCGGUAAUGUU